GAGGCAACUGAGAGGGUAUCACGGAUCGAUGAAGUUGUGUAUCGUCCGCGAACAUGUGAUACAGCAUGUCAAAUUGCUUGAUCAUUGCACCCAGUUGCUGAACUUACAUAGUGAAAAGCACUGGGCCUAGGACCGAGCCUUGGGGUACUCCGAAUUCAAUUAAAGAUUGCUUCGAGGUCAAGCUGUUUGAAAUAACUCACUGGAUGUAUAUAUAAGGCUUGGUUACCACAAAAUCUCGCGCACUGGUGGCUUCUCUCGUUCUACAUUUACAAUGAUGUCCAGAUGUAAAAAAAUGUCCACAAAAGCUUAUAUAAUGUUUAAUUUUAAUGCCGCUGUUGCUCUUUUGAUAUAAACAGAGAACAAUUUACGUUGAAAAUUCUUAGAAACAGAAAAAAAUCCAUUUAAAUUUUGAAUGUUAGAAUUAAAUUAACCAUAAAAUAAAUAUGUUUUCUUUUAAAAAAGUCUUUGGCUUUAAAUGCUGGCGAAAUUAGGUCAUUUAUAGUGUUUUAAAUACUUAUUUAAUUAUUAAAAAAAAUAUAAUGACCAAUGCCUUUUAGAAAUAUGGAGGUAAUUCACAUGUUUAAAUUAACGAUAAAUUCCUCUGUUAAUGUAGAUGAAAAAGACACACAGGUCGUACUGAAACCUGACCUUACUUGUAACAAAAGAAACCUUUCUUUAACCUUUGAUGACAUCAACUCUUCCGGAUUCUUUUACAACAAAACCUGGAGGUCACUAUCCUGUCAACUGCCUCCUGUCGACAAAGAGUUCCUGAGGACAUGCUUAAAAAAUACACAGGUCAUUGAUUUUUAUCCUGUAUAAUCAUAAAACAUAAUUAUUGGUUUAUUUUGAAUUAAACUGAGAAUAUUCAAAGGGAAGCUUUGAAAUGUAUGUACGAAUCCAUGUUUCGUAAAACGCUGAACGCAUUUGAUGAGUUCAUACUCACCAACAUGAACUAUCUCCUCAUGCAAAAUGUACGCCCCCGACCCAAGCAAAACGUGCACCCGAACCCAAGCAAAAUGUGCCGCCAUACCCAAGCAAAACGUGCACCCCGACGCAAGCAAAAUCUAACAUCCCAUCAUAAUUUAGCCCUUGAGAAAAUCUAACCUAGAAUAAUCUAAGCUAGCCGGCAUAAUCGAACAUCAGCAGCAAAACCUAACAUCUCAGCAUAAUCUAACUCUCAUGAGUUUAGUCUCGAUACAAGGUUAAUUUAACCUCACCUCACCAUCAUCGAUCAUUUUAAAAAAUAAUCUCACUCUCCCAUAAUAAGUGAACACCCUCAGCUUAAGCUGUCAAAAAUCCCCCCAAUCAUGAUUUACUCAUCCGACAAAGCACCACCAAGCAAGCGACCGUAAACAGCUAUACAUGGCUUAUUAGUUAAUGGGCUAUAUGUGCUUAGUGUGAGUUUAGACUAAUGCAACAAUUUUUUUUCCUUGUAUUGAUAAUUUGUCGGGAAUUUCAGCCAAAUAGAGUGUUUUUCGGUAGAACGGUAUAUAAAAAAACGGUUAGUCGUAGCUACGCCACUGGAAUAGUUCAACGCCGAACAUUGGCUUCGUCAAACAUUAGAUGACAGCAGUCGUCUCGUGCUGUCCCUUCUGGUUCCUUAAGCUUAUCCAAAAACGAAUGAACCAAACAGUUUUAUUUUUAUGUAAGACCUGACGAGCAGCAAUUUGCAUUGGGACGAGCAAUAAUUUGAAGUAACGUGUUGAGAUGUUCAAAAUAGCUUUCUCGUUUAACAUUAUUUAACCCCCCCCCCCCACUCUUAGAGCACCACCCCCCCUCCUCAACUUUUCCAAUGUUGUUUUAUGACAAUCUUUAGAUUUUUCGGAGCAUAUUUCUUGUUGGAUACAUUAAUGAUUCCCCGUUGUUAAUUUUUCUCCUGUUCAACAGAUGAUUAUUAUCGGAGACUCAAACUCCAGGAAACAGAUGGAUAUUAUGACGCAAAUGGUUGGGUGCACGGAAAAGAUCAAAAGAACGCAGGUACGACCCAUAUGUACGACCCAUAUGUAAGACCCAUAUGUACGACCCAAUACGUACGACCCCUAUGUAUGACCCAUACGUACGAGCCAUAUGGAUGGCCCAUAUGUAUGACCCUUAUGCACGACCCUUAUGCACGACCCAUAUGGAUGAGCGCAGUUCGUGAAAAAACAUAUGUGAGACAUACUGUGUUUAAAUCAAUAUUAUAUCAUAAAGAUUAUGGGGUCAAUAAAAGAUACAACACAAGCGAGUAGGUUAGUUUACUAUACUUUAAAUCGAGAUCCACAAUAAAAAAAUAAAUUACAACGAUAAAGAAGGAUUUUUUUAAACAAAAACCCCCCAAAAGAUUGUAAAAAGAUUGUAAAAAUGCUUUUUUUUUUAUAACGAUCGAUUGAAUUGGUGUACGCACUAGGCUUUGAAACUGGAGCAUGAGAAAGUUAUAUGACUUGAUCACAAUGAUGAAUUCCAUGUAAUUACACAUUUAAAAAGAAAAAAAAAAGAACUUGAAUACUAAACAAUCUCUCCUCAAAGAAAAUAUGACUCUGAAGUCUUUAUCUCUGUUGACAGGUGACCUGGCACGCCCCAUUGUGGUGUGACGUUGACAGCCUGGGACUUUCCAUCAAAUAUUACCCACCCAAAAUGCCAUUCUAUGGAUCAGUGGUAAACAUUUUGAUCAUAAAAAACUGCAAUAUCUUUCCAGGAAACGUAAGAAAUAUAAUACCUUUCCAGGCAGCAUCAGAUAAUUUAAUACAUUUCCUGGAAGCAUACUUUUGGUUGAGUGUGUAUGUAGCCCCCGCGACAUUCAUGCCCCGAACAUAACCACUCCGCUGCCGAAGCCAUCAGUACUUAGAAAUUUUAAUGACGUUGAUGGAUGGAAAAGUAUAUGAGCUAAAGUCUUUGAUCUGUUUAAGUUUUUAUUCGAUUUAGAUUGAUUAUUUUAUGCCCUUUAUCAGGGAAAAAAACCACAAAACCUUGGGGUAAAAUCAAUUAAAUUCACAAAUGCAACUAUUCCAUCGCUUACUGGGUUCAUACCAAUUUAACAACAACAAAGUUAAGGUUUCUAUUUUUGUCAACACAACCUGUUAGGUUUUUAUUAACAUUUUAUUACCUGAUCCUUUAUUUCCAGGUUAAGGCACUGAACGAAAUUAAAUCAAAAUGAAGUUUAUUUUUGCCCCAAUCGUGUAUUUAAAUAGAAAUAGUGUUACUCGUCAAAUAAACGUUGAUUUAGUUACUACUAGACUCGGUUCAUAUGACUCAUACAUAACAAUGUAGCGUCAAAAGUUAUGAGCAUAUUUAUUUUCAUUCUAUGACUUCAGGGUGAAGACCUGCCCAACCACGUCCUAUACUCAUCCGUCUCACAGCUUGACGCCAUCCCAGCAGACGGCAAGUACCUCGUCCAUCUGCACCACUUCCUUCACCUGGUUCCGUUUCACUUGUCCCUCGCCGAACAUCGGCUGCGGCUGAUACGCAAGGCCAUCGAACGGCUCAUGGCCAGAAAUCCUCACGUGAUAGUCGUCUACCAAUCGGCGCAUACUGCAAUUGACAAAGUGAUCAGAAACAAGCACAAGAUGAGCGGUUUCCUCUUGGAUAUGCAGAAGGAGAUUCUCCGAGAUCUGGGCGACCGGGUGAUGUUUAUGUUCACGUGGCCCAUGACCAUUGCGGCGGAAAACACCGACGGACACCCGACCGUCUCUGACCAGUUUACGAAAUUUUACAUGGGUCACGUUUGUGGACGGUGGUGA